AUGAAAACCAUCCAUAUAUUACCCGGAUUGGGUGUCAUUCUAAUUUGCUUACUGUUCGGCAGGCUGGAUGCUUUUCCCACCAAAGCACCCGCCGAAGUGGCUACCGAAUUCAUCGUUUUACACAAUAAUGAUAUGCAUUCGCGUUUCGAGCAGACAGAUGCCAAGAGUGGAAAAUGUUCGGAGCAAUUGGCGAAGGAGAAUAAAUGUUAUGGUGGCUUUCCCAGGGUGGCACAUUUAGUUCGCAAAUACCGCAAGGAAGCCCAGGAAGGUGGCACGCCUGUCGUCUAUUUGAAUGCCGGUGAUACUUCGGCGGGCACAGCUUGGUAUUUCCGCUUUAAAGAUGGCAUAGCAACGGCUUUUCUCAAUAAAUUAUUACCCGAUGCUGCGUCCUUGGGUAAUCAUGAAUUUGAUUCGGGUUUACCAGGACUGCUGCCCUUCUUGGAUAAGGUCGAUUUCCCCAUUGUAGCGGCCAAUUUGGAUCUCUCCAGCACUCCGCAACUGAGACAUAGCAAACAUUUACAAAACUCCACAGUAUUGGAUGUGAACGGUGUGAAGGUUGGCGUCAUUGGUUAUAUUACACCCGAUACUUUGGAUCUGACCAUGACAAAGGAGGACAUAUUCACCGAUGAAAUCGAAGCAAUCAAUCGCGAAGCUGAAAACCUCAAGGCCCAGGGCAUCAACAUAAUAAUCGCUGUGGGUCAUUCGGGUUAUGAAAAAGAUCAGGAAAUUGCUGCCAAAUGUCCUGAGGUGGAUAUUGUCAUUGGUGGUCAUACCAAUACAUUUUUAUACAACUCCGAACAACCAGAUAUUGAAAGUAUUGAUGGACCCUAUCCCACAUUGGUGAAUCAGACAAGUGGCAAACAGGUGCCAGUGGUGCAGGCCUAUGCCUAUACCAAAUACUUGGGGAAAUUGCAUGUACAGUUCGACAAGGACGGUAAUUUAAUUAAAUUUGAUGGCACACCCAUACUUCUGAAUUCCGAAAUACCCAGAGAACCCGAUGUUGUGGAGUUAUUGGAGGUGUAUCGUCCCGAGGUAACCAAAUUGGAAAAUGAUGUUGUGGGCCAUACCAAGGUAUUCAUUGAUGGUCGUGCCGAGAUAUGUCAUUAUCGGGAAUGUAAUUUGGGCAACUUGGUCACAGAUGCCAUGAUCCACGCUCGCGUUUUGGAAGAUUUGGGUGGAACUUUUUGGACAGAUGCUGCUGUGGCUUUUGUGCAAGGGGGAGGCAUGCGCAAUGGCAUUGAACCCCGUUCCGACGGCACAAUCACCGCCCAAGAUAUCAGCAGCGUAUUGUCGCACAACAAUGAUUUGUAUGUCUCGAAAAUUAGUGGCAAAACCCUGCUCGCCGCCUUGGAACACUCCGCCUCAAUGAUUGAUCGCAAAGAACCAAAUGGAUUUUUACAAAUGUCCGGCAUCCAUGUCACCUAUGAUUAUAAUAAUCCGAUAGGUAGCCGUGUUGUUACCGCUGAUGUUCGUUGUGCUGCCUGUGCCACUCCCACCUAUGAACCGCUCGAUGAGAAUAAAUUCUAUAAUGUGAUUGUAUCACAUUUCCUGCUACAUCAGGGUGAUGGUUAUAAAUUCAUUGAUGAUAAUUCGGGUCAUGAACCGCAGCGUAUGAAAAAUAAGGAAGUUGAUGUUUUAACGGUAUAUCUGCGAAAGCAUGAUUUCAUUUAUCCCGGUCUGGAGGAUAGAAUAACAAUUCUUCCAAGAAUGGCGGAUGGUGAUAGGAGAAAGAAGAAUAUUGAGGUCGAGUAA